GUUGCACCGGUUUUGCAGAACAGUGAGUGCGAGACCAAAAGUGGGGGCCUCGUGGUAAAAGGCGCCAAAUGUCUCUACCACAUCACAUUACUGUGUAGCACUUCAAAUCGUUCAGGUGGUGCAGUUUCUAGCACUAUCUACUUUGCUAUAGUUUUUUUUUCACCUUUUUUUAAGAACUGUUUCUUUUGUUAACAUUUAAAGAAUAAGUGAGUGUCUAAGAAAAUUUUGAUUGUGUGUGUUUAACGAGUAUAUCAUGAAAUAUCUUUUCAUUUUGGUCGUCCUCGGGACUACCAGUGCGAUAGCAUGGGCAAGAGCUCAGUUCGAUGGUCCCGUUCCGCCGAGGAUCAAUGUACCCGGUGCCAUACCCUUACCAAUUUCACGACCCUCCCACACACCCUUCCGGAAUGAUCGGGUACUCGGCGGAGGAAACGGGGGCCCAGCUGUAAUUCGGGUACGUCGUCCUUUGGGACCACAGGGACGUCCCCUUGGCCCUGGACCCAUUCACACGACUCAACGUAGUCUCGAAGAUGCCAAACCCGUGACGGAGGAGCCUGAGGAUGAGCAACCCUUCAUCCCGCAUAUUAUUUCCACACCACCGCAGCCACAGCCACAGCAGCAUUUCUCAUUCUUCGAACCAAAUGGCAUUGCCGAUGAUAUUCCCCAGCUUGUAGCACGAUUCCAACCGCAGGAACGGCCAGCUCCUGUGCAACCACAGCGCUUCCUUCAGCCUGAACCCCCACGUCCACAGCCACCAAAACCCACCCCAGUACGCCCAAGGCCGGCAUUCAAGGAGGCACGACCUCAAUUUGACGAUGAGCCCCUUAUUAGGCGUAACCCCGAACCACGUCCCAGUCCGAGACCUCAUCAUCAGUCCCACGUUGACGAUGGUCACCGCGAAAGGAAGCCCGUAGCUCAAAUCCUCCGGAAGUACCGCGAGGAACAUGAGGAUGGCACGAUUACGUGGGGCUUUGAGAACGAUGAUGGAUCCUUCAAAGAAGAAACCAUUGGAAUCGAUUGCAUCACUCGUGGUCGAUAUGGAUACAUCGAUCCUGAUGGUGAGAAACGCGAAUACACCUAUGAGACAGGAAUCCAAUGUGAUCCCAACAAGAGGGAUGAAGAGAGUGAUGAGGAUGACCUAGGUGGGUAUGUGGACUACCAAGAGAACAAAGCCGUUCUACCGAGUGGCGUGAGAGUGGAUCUGGGACCCAAGAAUAAAUCAAAACGCCCCGGAAGUGGUGGAACACCAGCCAAUUUCUACAGAAACUGAGAGACUAUCCCGUGUCAGUCACACACACACAAUUUAGCUAUUAGGAAAAUCCUAUGAUUAAUUUAUUGUUUAAGUCGGAUGGUCACACAUGAAUCUGAAUUAUUGAGAGUUUACAUAAAAAAAUUAAUAAGGACGAGUGAAUAAAGAAAGAAAUCUGACUUGCAA